CGGCUUGUCGGUUGGAAUCAAGAGUGACUACCUAACGAACGAGGAGUGCUUUUUCUUUAUUGGUGUUGCGGCAAAAGUACAGUCUGUCUCUAGCCCUGGGGAGUCUGGCCUGUCGCAGCCAGUCUUUCAGUCUCAGUCCGCGUGUUUUCCCUGUCGUCGAGGUGCACCUGUACCUCGGGUCUUCGCUGCGGGUGCGGAGACAAAAGCUCUACUACUCUCCUCAAGGCAGAAGAAAAUAUUCUAAGACAUGCCGUCCGCACCCCCGCCCGCUUUUACAGCAUCCAGCUCAUCUGAAGAUUUCUAUUCCCCCGUAAUAAUGGCUGAUGCCACCGCUACCGCAGACUAUAGCGAUGAUCAAUCGUCCACGCCCCCCGCCGGCUCGUUGACGAACGCGCAGGACAAGGAGAAGCCGCGGUUGACCGAGCAAGAGAAGAAAAACAAUCAUAUCGCGUCCGAGCAAAAACGAAGGGCGGCGAUCCGCGAAGGGUUCGAUCGCCUUACAGAGCUGGUGCCGGGGCUGGAGGGCCAAGGCCGCAGCGAGAGCAUCGUGUUAAAGAAGACAGUCGACUUUAUCCGUCUGCAGCUGCAGGAACGACAGGAGCUGAUUGCAGAGAUUGAAAGUCACGGGGGUCGGGGUCUCCUCGCCGAUUCCGAUCCCCCCCCAGCUUACGAAACAAGCACGAUGCCCGCAUCGACGCCCUCCCGCGCCCCCCUGCCACGCCCCCCGCCCCUCUCACUGGCCGUACUGGAUAGAUUACGGUCGGAACGUGUGAUUCUUGCGUCGCAGUCCCCGCGGCGGCGGCAGAUCAUCUCGCUGCUGGGUCUAACGAACCUAGACGUGGUCCCCUCCAACGCGGCGGAGGAUCUGCCCAAGACGAUGUCGCCGUUCGAAUACGUGCUCGCGACAGCAGUGAAGAAGGCGCAGGCCGUGUACGCGCAGGAAAUCAACAAUGCAGAGCGCGGGGAACCCGCCCUCAUUCUCGCAGCUGACACGGUGGUCGUCGAUUCCUCGACGGGGACUAUUCUGGAGAAACCGCGGUCCGAGGCGCACCACCUUGCCAUGCUUAAAAUGCUGCGCGAUAACCGUCACCACAAGGUCUUCACCGCCAUAGUGGCAAUGGUGCCGCUGGCUAGCGCGCGCCAGCCGGGCUACGCGCUCGAGUCGGCUGUUGAGGAGACGGCAGUCACCUUCGACGGCGAGGUCACGGAUGAGCUGAUCCUUGCGUACGUGAAGACCAGAGAAGGCGCCGACAAGGCUGGCGGAUAUGGAAUCCAGGGACUGGGCUCAAUCCUUGUGGAGAAGAUCGAGGGUAGCUAUGACAAUGUGGUCGGGUUGCCGUUGAAGGCGACGCUGAAGUUGAUCGAGACGGUCAUGACUAAGGCCGAUGAUGAAGAAAAUAUGUCUGAUAAUGCCGAUCUUCUAGAAGAUGAAGACGAAGAGUAA